AUGGUGAAGGAAGUACAGUUCUCCUCGUUCACCGACCAGAAGCCUGGUACUUCUGGUCUCCGCAAGAAGGUCAAAGUCUUUCAGCAAGAUCACUACAGCGAAUCUUUCAUUACCUCCAUCCUCCUCUCGAUCCCCGAAGGCGUCGAAGGUUCAUUCCUAGUGAUCGGAGGUGAUGGCCGUUUUUACAACCCUGAAGUGGUCCAGAAGAUUGCAAAGAUCGGAGCUGCAUAUGGUGUCAAGAAGCUUUUGAUCGGUCAGGGGGGGAUCCUAAGCACGCCCGCUGCCAGUCAUGUUAUCCGGAAACGACAGGCCACUGGCGGUAUCCUCCUUACUGCCAGUCACAACCCGGGUGGCCCUACCGAGGACUUCGGCAUGAAAUACAACCUCUCCAAUGGUGCUCCAGCUCCAGAGUCAGUCACCAACAAGAUCUUCGAGAAAUCCAAGGGUCUCACCUCAUAUAAGAUCGAGGACAUUCCGGACGUCGAUCUCACAACUAUUGGGACGAAGAAAUAUGGGGCUCUCGAGGUCGAGAUCAUCGAUUCGGUGGCCGACUAUGUCGAGUAUAUGAAAGAGAUAUUUGAUUUCGAUCUCAUUCGCUCCUUCUUCAAGGCGCAGCCCGACUUCAAGGUGUUGUUCGAUGCUCUAUCAGGUGUCACUGGACCUUACGGCAAAGCUAUCUUCGAAAAGGAACUCGGUCUCCCCUCCUCGAGUACCCAGAACUGCGAACCUAGUCCAGACUUCAAUGGCGGCCACCCCGAUCCAAAUCUGACCUACGCUCAUUCUCUGGUUGAGAGAGUUGACAGAGACGGCAUUCACUUCGGUGCUGCAUCGGACGGCGACGGCGACCGCAACAUGAUCUACGGCAAGAACGCUUUCGUAUCACCAGGUGACUCCCUAGCCAUAAUCGCCCACUACGCGAAGCAGUACAUUCCUUACUUCAAGAAGCAGGGUGUGUACGGCCUGGCGCGGUCAUUCCCUACCUCUGGCGCUCUGGACCUGGUUGGCAAGAAGCAGGGUCUCGAGACGUAUGUUGUGCCGACUGGGUGGAAGUUCUUCUGCGCACUCUUCGAUUCAGACAAGAUGUCCAUCUGUGGAGAAGAAUCAUUCGGCACCGGCUCGAACCAUAUCCGUGAGAAAGACGGUCUGUGGGCUGUCUGCGCCUGGCUCAACAUCAUGGCCGGCGUAAACAAGGACACCGGCAAGCUUCCGUCUAUUGCCGAGAUCCAGAAGCAAUUCUGGGAUACGUAUGGCCGCGUCUAUUUCACCCGCUACGAUUACGAGAAUGUCAGCAGUGAUGGCGCCAACGAGAUGGUCGUAUAUCUGAAGGAGAAGCUCUCCAGCUCCGAUACUGUGGGCUCCUCCAUUGCCGGCAAGAAGGUUAUCGAGGCAGGCGACUUUUCUUACACCGACCUUGACGGCUCUGUUUCCAAGAACCAGGGCAUUUAUUUCAAGUUCGACGACAACACCCGUGUCGUGGUUAGACUCUCUGGUACCGGCAGUGCUGGUGCUACCAUUCGUCUAUAUGUUGACAAGCUCGAGGAGGACAAGAGCAAGCUCGGCAUCGAUACCCAGGAAUACCUCAAGGAAGCGGUCAACCUCGCCGUAGAGCUUCUGCAGCUGCAAAAGUUCAUCGGCCGUACUGAGCCUGAUGUCAAGACCUAG